ACAACAUCAAUCGUGGCAUCAGACACGAUGGAGAAACUUGUAGCAGUAUCUGCUCUGGUAGCUCUUGCCAUCGCGGCCCCGUCUCACCUCGGGGACGGCUUGGCGCCUCAGGACUGGCAACCUCAAGGGUUGACUGCUUUAGCUGAUAUUCAGAGAGAAAAGAAGUCACCUUCGGAACCCAUCAACCCUGUUCAAAAUACUGGAAUCUCACAUGCAAGUGAUGUUCCAAGUGUUCACCCUGAAACCGGAUCAACGCUGCCUACCGGAAGAAGUUUAACUUUGAAGAAGCCGCUGAUUGUAAAGAAGACAUACGGAUACAAAGUAUUCCGCGACUCUGAAGAAGAAAAAGCUCUGGCAGACUCUAAUGAAACAUGUGGGCGUCAAGUCAAGGUCAAACUCUGUGACGGUGAAGGAAAUAUGAGAACUACACUGAAAGGCUCUACUCCUGACGGCACCCACAUCCACAAGACAGAAGAUGAUGUGAAGCACAGUAUCAGAAUGGCCAAGGAAGCUGUGGAGAACCUACAAAGAGAUCUGAAGAAAAUGGAACUCAAAAGUUCCAUGAAAAUGGCACAUGAAUCGCAAUCCGACACUGAAUUGCAUGAAGAUAUUGAAGUAGCGAGACAAGCUCUGAAACAUAUCCAUGAAAACUUUGGUAACUUAGAAUCCAUGAGUUUACAUGCUACUUCAGCAAGGGACUCUGAUGCUGUUCAUGAUAUUCACGUCACGAUAGCAAAAACAGAAGAAGAGAGGAUAGCGCAGUGGAAAGAAGCUGUCGCCAACAUUCAAAAGAAUGUUGAGAUAGCCAGAAAUAUUGAAGAAAGCUUCAAAGAUGCUAGCAACCAGGAGAGUUUUUUGCACUUGGAUCAAUCAGAAAAUGCAUCUAUGAAAACUGACAAGCACAUUGAAGAAAGUAGUCAGUCACAUGUGGUAUCAACCGAGGUAAACCAUAUGCGUCUUGCACAUGAUACCGUGAUGAAUCAUCACCUUGAACAUGAAGCUAAUGACGAGAAGCUAUUGAACAAGGCUACCGAUGAAACUCAUGAGAUUGAACAUAUUGCUAGUGAAAAACUUAGUUCCGAAGAUAACAUGAAUAUGUCCCCUUCUGACAUGAUUCAGGUGAAUUUAGAUAACAUGAAAACUCAAGAACCUUUAAGAAGUGAAAGCCAUAAAAUUCAUGAUCAAGAAAAGAGCGCUGAUACAAAACUAGAACUCAACGUGAAAAACGACAAGAACGACUUAGUACAUGAAGAAACUGCUGCUGAUCAUCAUCAUCAUGAUGGCAAGACCUCAGAACUAAUUGAAGAUAUGACAACAGGACAAUCUGAACACCAUAUAAUGCAAGUACCAGCUACAAAACCAGUUAUGGAAGGAACUCAAAUCAAAUUGGAUGAAGAAAAAGUCACCACGUUUAAAACAUCGGAAAAUAUUCCUGAAACUUCUAUAACUUCAAGCGGUGUUGUUAAACCCUUCACUACAGACAUUCUUGAGGAACAAAAAGUGAUUGAUGGAAAAAUGGAACAUCACCAUGAACAGCAAAAAAAUGCUGAUGACAUGGCAGCUACUGAUGACAUGAUUGAUUUUUUGGCAAAAUCUGCGACCCCAUUACAUCACGACAACAUUGAAAAUGCGGAGAUUAUGAAAGAACACGCUACCCCGGAAAACAAUGACUUCAAACACCUUGACAACGCACCUAAAUCAGCAGAACACAAAGAAUUCCACAGUUUUGGCAAGCAAACUGAAAAUCUUAUGCUGUUAAAAUCUGCCGAUGAUAUUUCACUUUCUGGUCCACAAAACCAGCACAUGACUCAACACGCGCAGUUGUCUCACAUUGAAGGUCACCCGUCAAUGAAAGAAGCGGAAGAGCAUUUGCAUCACUUGCAACAUAUUAACACUGGAAUCUUAGCAGACGACAACAGACAUUUGGAUGAACCUACAAUGAAAGCUGCCGACAAUUUCGACAAGACCUGGGCAAUGAAGCCAAAGCAAGCCAUUCACAGCUCGCUGCAUGCAUUCAAACAGCUUGAAAACGCACCUAAAUCAGCAGAUCACAGAGAAUUCCACCACUUUGCGAAGCAAAAUGAAAAUCUUAUGUUGCCAAAAUCUGCCGACCAUGGUUUGCUUCCUGAUCUCCAGAAACAGCACGCGCCCUUGUCUCACAUUGAAAGUCACGCGUCAAUGAAAGCAGCAGAACACAUGCAUCACUUGCAGCAUGUGAACACUGGACUCAUGGCUCAUGAAAAUAGACGUUUGGAUCAUUUGCCUUCAAUGAGAGCUGACAAUUUUGAUCAGGAACUUGAGAUGACUCGUGGACUGCCGCAUGGUCAUGGUAUCAUCACCGAAAAUACUAUGGAUCAUAUGAGGAACUCGCACCUGGUUGGACACAGUCAGAUCCCGAGCAAAAUGGGACUUGCUCACGACUUUGAAUUAGCAAGCCACGUUCAACCUCAUCUUCACCACCCUGGAAGAUUCCCGCAAAACUCAAUGAUGCACUCAUCUAUGCACGAGAUGACCGGUAUGGGAAGUGCUAUGCACCCUCAUUUUCACCCUAGCAUGAGGGAAGCUAGCGCAAUGGAAGGUUUCGCGUCUGACCACAUGUUCCGUUGGAAGCCCACUCACGAAUCUGCUAGAGGUGCCUACGGUUCAGGUUUGUCCGGUUCCAUCGGCUCUUCUGGUGCAGUUGGGGUGUUCCCGAACGCAAACACUGGAGGGUGCGCCAUCCCGUUGUUGCUGAGUUGCUCACCGUCAGUGGUGUCGGGAAGCUUGGCUAAGGCCACCUCAGCGUCAGCCGGUCCAUCGUCUUACAGCGCCCCCUCUUACCGAGCAGAAGAGGACUUCAUGUUCCACAACAAGCGUGAUGUCAAGAACACAAACGAUGUGAGAACUACAACCGCCAUGCGCACACCAACUACUCUUAAACAGAAGACCACACAGACGGUGGAAAAACAGUUGUGAUGCAACGUAAAGCCUUGGAUAGCAACGAAUAUGGAGAAUGAUGACUUUUUUAUACUUAUUUAUUAUACUUUUGUACUUAUGUUUAUAAAACAUCACAAAAUUAAAGCAUUUUC